AUGAGGACUAUAAUCACAAGCCUGUGCGUCUGUCUGUUCGUCACAGUUGUGCGCUGUCAAAACGUGAAGAGACCGGAGGUACCAGCUAGAGCCGUCAGUGACGGUGAAAUGCAAGUCAUUAUCGAUGCCUGCCAGCGUCGCAUCGCUGAGAACGACACCGUGACGCACUUUGUCAGCGUACCGAGUGACUGUAGCGCGUACGCCGUAUGUGAGCACCCAGAAUUGGGCGUCAUCCCUGCUCUCAUGAACUGCCCCGCGGGUCUCUUGUUUGACGAUAGCCUUGAGCCAAAUAUUCUCACCUGUAACAGGCCAGGCCUAGUCACCUGUGUCAGCUCUGUUGAUCCCUGCACCGGUUUGUUGGAUGGUUACAAUGAGGAUUUCGUCCGCAGUCAGCCAAAUCAAGCCGCUUACUACCUCUGUCGAGGAGGCAGUACUGUGAACGGGGGCUGGUGUGAGCUGGGCGAACAGUUCGGAAACUUUGGUCAACCAUGCCUUCCCAUUCCAAACUUUGUCCCACCUCAGACAACUGCUGCUGCCCUUCCAGAGUGUACCUUGUUUGCUGUGGCUGAGGAUCCGUUUAAAUUUGUAAACGGUGGAAUAGAAAUGAGCUGCUCUCCAGGAACGGUGUUUGAUCAAGCGCAAUGUACCUGUGUGUUUUCAAACUUAUAAUUACUAGAGACACAGCCUAGCUGGA